AUGAGUAUCUAUCUAUCUAUCUAUGACUUCAGUGAGUAUCUAUCUAUCUGUAUAUCUAUCUAUCUGUCUAUGACAAUGAGUAUCUAUCUAUCUAUCUAUCUAUCUAUGACUUCAAUGAUGAGUAUCUAUCUAUCUAUCUAUCUAUCUAUGACUUCAAUGAUAUCUAUUUAUCUAUCUAUCUAUGACUUCACUGAGUAUCUAUCUAUCUAUUUAUCUAUCUGUCUAUCUAUCUAUGGCUUCAGUGAGUAUCUAUCUAUCUAUCUAUCUAUGACUUCAAUGAGUAUCUAUCUAUCUAUCUAUCUAUCUAUGACUUCAAUGAGUAUCUAUCUAUCUAUCUAUCUAUCUAUCUAUCUAUCUAUCUAUCUAUCUAUCUAUGUCUUUCCGCGCUUCCAAACUUUUCUUUCCUUUCUUUACUUCUUAUCUUUUUCUUCAUUUUAUCUCUAUCUCAUUUUAAUUUUUUUUUAUUUUAGUUUUAAUCUUAAUUCAUUUUGGUCAAUAACUUUUUCCGGGUUCAUUUUCUGUCGUCCAUUUUUUUUUCUUAAUUUUCUUCCUUUUUCUUCCAUUUUUUUUUUUUUUUGUCCUGUUUUUUUUUUUUUUCUGUUUUAA